AUGGGGAAGAUUGCAAGCAAGAUCUGGUCCAAAGGCUUGCUUUGUGGAUAUGGCGUACCAGAGAUGCAUGAAGAGCUGCGGCCCCUUGCUUCCUGGUCCAGGGAGGAUUUACUGAAGGCCUACCAGCGCUUCCUGGAUUCCGGUGAGCCCGACAUGGACUGUCACAGCUUUUUAGAGGCGUUCCAAUGCUUCCGGGACACUGCGCAGUCAAAGGCAGCUUUCAAAAUGUUGCACCCGAAGAAGAGCAAGGUGGAUGGCAACACCGUUUUCGCCGCGGCAGUGUUGACUUCAAACCAAAGCUACAUUUCUCGGAUGUCACUGAUCUUCAGUAUUUUCGACUUGGAUAACGAUGGUCAGUUGAGCAAGCCGGAGUUCUGCAUCGCAAUCCGAUCCACACUGGAGGGCCUUCAUCGCUGGUUUGUAGGUGUGGCCAUGCCAACAGACGUGGAGUUGGAGGUGGCCAUGGACGACUUGUUCAAGAGGAUGGACUCCAACAGAUCCGGCUUUCUCAGCAUCGGAGAAUUCUUGGUUCAUUCCUACCGAAACCGUGAUUUGCAGGAGAUGGUGAACCACCUGCCCUGGGAGGAUAUGCGCGUCUUUGAGAGCUUGGUGAAGUUCCAAAGGAUUCCGAUCUACACACCAGGAGAUGGCGCCGUGCAGCACGUGCACAGCUCGUCGCCAACCGCCACCGGCUCCAGACCAGGCUCGUCUGCAAGCGGGCAGGUGCCAAGGUCUCUGGAUCAUCAUGGCCCCAUGCGAUCUCCUCGCAACCAGAGGUUCUCAUUGGUUCCUCCCGACACAGAGAAGCCCACCGAGCGCUGUCGCGUCAGGAGACGUACGACCUCUGCUUGCUCGCACUUGCGUCCAGACAUGAAUGGUGACAAGGGCACUUGGUGCGGCAGCGUCGCAUAUGUGAAGUUGAGGGGCAGGCAGCGUGGCCCGUCUUUCCGGAUGAAUCCCGUGUGGACGCCACCUUCAGAGAUCUCCAAGGCACAUGCCUGGCUGCUUUGGAAGUUCUUCCGGCACUUGUCGGGCGGCAAGGCCAUCGCAGAUGCAGAGAAAGUUCAGAGCUGCUUGAAGGAUUCCAAAGCCGUGCAAAAGGAGCUUCUCCAAAUCGCGGGGGAAGCGAAGAACUACGAGCCAUGGGCUUUGACAGAGGCAAGUGCGGAUGUCGAAGCCCCCGAGGGACCUCAGAAAUUCGCAAUGGAGGUCGACAAAUUGUCGCAAGAGUUCCAAAUAAUUUUCACCGAUCAGCACCUGGUGCAGCGCCUAGAGAGUCUGGACAGCGGGCCGAUCACCGUCCGAUGUUUCCUGUGCAUUAGUCUGCCAUCUUUGACCCCAUCGCACAUCGAGGGCUGUCUGGCAUGGUGCCGCGUGUUCCGGGCACUGGAGGUGCUACACCAGCUCGGCGAGCUGGAGGCGGCCGCGCUGAAGGAUGAGGACCUUGCCCUUUUGUUCGAGUUCCUGGAUGUGGACGCCAGUGGUGACCUCAGCCUUUCCGAGCUCGUGGACGUCGGCCAGCUGCCGGCAGAGAAGGCAAUGGAGAUCUUCGAGAAGUGUAAGCGCCAGGAGGAGGGCGCAGCGCUGACCAUUAACGACUUGCGGAACUAUGUAAUGAGCCUAAAUUUGGCACUGGGUUCGGAUGUCAAGGGCCUGCUAGAGUCCUUUGCGCACACGGGCCACGAGAAGAAGCCAGAGAGCUGA